AUGGUAUUUAUUUCAUUUUUAUCUAAAGUAAUUUUAAUUGUUGUUUUUAAAGCUAAUAAAUAUACAACUAAUGAUCUUGAAUCUACCUUAAUAUUUUCAUCUUCUUCAGAAUAA